GGAAAAAGAUGGACGUACUUUUCGUGCAAGUUGGGGUCUUUCUGGCCUUAUUUAUUGCAAUUUUAGGGCUGGUCAUUGUCAUUUACCUGAUAUUUAGUAAUGAACCUGUUAACAAUCCAAAUGUAGACCAAAAGAAAUGCGCGUCAUUACUUGCUGUCAUUGGUUCAGGUGGGCAUACAAAAGAGUUACUGAGUCUGAUAGAACAUUUGGGAGAGAAAUAUCAGCCUAGAUACUACAUUAUGGCUAACACUGACAAGAUGAGUGAGGAAAAGGUUCAAGGAUUAGAAUCCAGCAAACAUAAUAAGUACAAAAUAUAUAAAAUCCCAAGAAGUCGAGAAGUGCAGCAGUCUUGGAUUACAACAGUAUUAUCAACUCUUUAUGCAUCACUCUACACAUUCCCUCUUGUAUUCAAGAUAAGACCUGAUAUUAUUUUAUGCAAUGGUCCUGGUACUUGUAUACCUGUAUGUUUUGCUGGUAUUCUUAUGAAGGUGUUUUAUCAAGUGAAGGUCAUCUAUGUAGAAAGUAUAUGUCGUGUGGAAACUCUGUCACUGUCAGGGAAAAUACUCUAUCAUUUUUCAGACACCAUGAUUGUUCAGUGGCCGCAGCUGCAACAUAAAUAUCCAAAAUCUGUUUACAUGGGACGUAUUGUUUGAAUCGAACAAAGGACAAUAUCACUGAAAUUUGCUCAACAUAGAGCGACUGCUUUACAAGAUUUUACCUCUGCAAUGAUCACAGUAAGAAUGGCUUAAAAAGUUCUGGGAACCAUAUCAAGCUUCCAGACAAAAAGACUCGUGGGUACUUGUCAUUGAGAUGGCUUCCUGGUUUGAGAGUAGCCUUAUAGGUUCAUCUAAAUGAUGAUGGCUUAGUGGUCCCAGGGUAUAAGUUAACCUUCAGUGAAUUGAAAAUGGUACAAAUGUUAGUGUAUGAGAAUAGAUGGAGGACUUUAAUCUCACAAGAAAAUGAGUGUUUCUGUAUGAUUCUGUUCGAAUUCUUUGUAUUUUCUGUUAUCUGUGAAAAAGGUUUUAGUUCUGAGGAAUGGUUUGAAUACGAGUUGACUUUGAAGUUUCCAAAUUGUCAUGCCUGACACUCUGGUUAAAUGUUGUCAGCUUUGUUCUCAAUUUGAUAAAGUGAAAUAAAUGACAUGUAUAAAAUAACUUUUCAUCUGAUUAAUAUAAUUGUUGAAAGAAAUAAGAAACAUGGUCACAUUUUCUUUGUCAAUAUUCAUCAAUAUUUUAAUGCAAGUAGAGUGAAUACAGCCAAACUUUCAUUUUGCUUUAUUUCUGCUCAAAUUUCAAGGAUUAGACUGCCUUGGUAGCCUAGUGGUAAAAGACCCAGUUCGAGUGUGGGAGGUUGUGGGUUUGCUUCUAGGCAGUAGCAUCAAGUGCCACCAGUCUACGGUGUGAUAUUUCAGUGAAGCAGCACUAUAAAGUUGGGCAUUGUGCUUUCCCCUACAAGUAAACACAGUUGUGUAUAUUGAAAAGGAAAAUAAACCCAAACACACACUUUCAGGGAAAGUUCAAACCACUGAACCUAUAAGCAUUUCUGUCAAGUUUUUUUUUUUUUUUAAAUCUCCACUAAGAAUAAAUAAUGGCAAAUAAAAUGUUCAACAUUGCAAAGUUCAAGUCUAUAUAAGGUUUGCCUAAGGGUUGCUUUGUUGAAAAAUGCACAAUAGAAUUUAAAUCAAAAUAUGCAAAGUAUUUUUUGCCAUAGUUUUGUUUAUGACCUGUGGACGGAUAGCUCAGUGGUUUGCACACUGGCCUUCCAAUCCUGAGGUCGGGGUUCAAUCCCCGGCAGCUACUCGGGAAUUUUCAGAAAUGCUUUUCAGUGUUUCCCACCCAACUAGAGGUGUACUGGUCAGGAACCCAGGCAAUCCUUGCAUGUAUCAGUGCUUACACUGGGCACGUUGAAGAACCAGACUGUCUAUUCGCAACGAGCUAGGCUAAGUUAGCCGGACAAGCCUGUAUCUGAUUUCUGAUCUCUCUGUCGUGGGGGCUUUGUCUCACUCAGUCCCUCUGGUCAGAUCGCUCUGUACUAGUAGAGGAUGAAUUAUGCGCCCUGUGUGGCUACAUUUGAACUAUGUAAAGCGCCUUUGAAAGUGAAAUUGAUCAUGAAAAGGGCGCUAUAUAAAUCUGUUAUAUUAAUAAUAAUAAUAAUAGAAUUAAAAUCGAAAUAUGCAAAGUAUUUUUAUGCCCCCGAAGGGAGGCAUAUAGUUUUGAACUGUCUGUCUGUCGGUCUGUCAGUCUGUCGGUAUGUUGGUCUAUCCGCAUUUUUUGUGUCCGGUCCAUAUCUUUGUCAUCGAUGAUUGGAUUUUCAAAUAACUUGGCAUGAAUGUGUACCACAGUAAGACGACGUGUUGCGCGCAAGACCCAGGUCGGUAGCUCAAAGGUCAAGGUCACACUUAGACAUUAAAGGUUAUUGCAUUGAUGGGCGUGUCCGGUCCAUAUCUUUGUCAUCAAUGGAUGGAUUUUCAAAUAACUUGGCAUGAAUGUGUACCACAGUAAGAUGACGUGUCGCGCGCAAGACCCAGGUCCGUACCUCAAAGGUCAAGGUCACACUUAGACAUUAAGGGACAGUGCAUUGAUGGGCGUGUCCGGUCCAUAUCUUUGUCAUCGAUGGAUGGAUUUUCAAAUAACUUGGCAUGAAUGUGUACCACAGUAAGACGACGUGUCGCGCGCAAGACCCAGGUCCGUAUCUCAAAGGUCAAGGUCACACUUAGACAUUAAGGGAUAGUGCAUUGAUGGGCGUGUCCGGUCCAUAUCUUUGUCAUCGAUGGAUGGAUUUUCAAAUAACUUGGCAUGAAUGUGUACCACAGUAAGACGACAUGUCAUGCGCAAGACCCAGGUCCGUAGCUCAAAGGUCAAGGUCACACUUAGAUGUUAAAGGUCUUUUUUCAUGAUAGUGCAUUGAUGGGCGUGUCCGGUCCAUAUCUUUGUCAUUCAUGCAUGGAUUUUAAAAUAACUACGCAUAAAUGUGCGACACAGUAAGAUGACAUGUCGCGCGCAAGACCCAGCUCUGUAGGUCAAAGGUCCUAAACUCGAACAUCGGCCAUAACUAUUCAUUUAAAGUGCCAUCAGGGGCAUGUGUCAUCCUAUGGAGACAGCUCUUGUUAACCAUAGUUUUGUUUAUGACCUAUACUAUGUAUAUAAUUUAGUUGGCUUUUACAGUUUUAAGAACAAUAUUCUGACAAAGCUUGAUGAAGUAAGGUGUUGAGGUAAAAAUAAAUCAGUUUUAACCUGAAGUAUAAGUCACCCACAUCUUAUGACACAAGAUCCAUUACUUUGAUGUAGAUAUUCAAUGACUUAUGCCCCAUUCAUACCCUGAAUAUUAUGGUUAAUGUUUUAAAGCACUCCAUUCUUUCUCUGUUAUUACUGAUAUGGAUUUUAUUAAAAAUCAAAACAUAUCUUGCCAAUUCAGAAACUUCAGACAUGAACCAGUUUGUUUACUCUGACAAAGCAGUGUUGCAUGGUAUUAACCACACCAGUUAAGCUCUCUUUGCUCUAUUUCACUAUCCAGCAUUGCAAUAGACAAGUGUGCUGUUUCAUCUGACAUCUCUUGUUACAUUUUUUCAUGCAAGUCUAAAUUAACAAGAGCUAGUAGAACACGAAAUGCUCCCCCCCCCCACACCCCCUUGAUGCAUUCAGUAGUUGCACAAGGAAAAGAAAUUAUGUGGUCACUGUGCACUGGAUGUUUUACGUACUGCCCUCAAAUUAAUAAAUAUUGGUCAUUUACCAGUCAUAAGUAAACUCUGUAUCAAAUGUGAUUUUAGACCAAAGCAUUCUCUAGUUAUUUGGCAAAAAAACGUUCUACUGUUCUGGGUCAAUGUGACCUUGACCUUCUGAACUCAAAAUCAAUAGGGUUCAUCUGCAGGUCAUGUCCAACCUCCCUAUCAACUUUCAUGAUCCUAGGCCCAAGCGUUCUUGAGUUAUCGUCCAGAAACCGUUUAACUGUUCCCGGUCACUGUGACCUUGACCUACUGACCUCAAAAUCAAUAGGGGUCAUCUGCUGGUCAUGGCCAACCUCAUCAACUUUCAUGAUCCUAAGCCCAAGUGUUCUUGAGUUAUCAUCCGGAAACCGUUUAACUGUUCUGGGUCACUGUGACCUUUACCUUUGACCUACUGACCUCAAAAUCAAUAGGAGUCAUCUGCUGGUCAUGGCCAACCUCCUUACCAACUUUCAUGAUCUUAUGCCCAAGCAUUCUUGAGUUAUCAUCCUGAAACCAUAUUACUGUUCUGGGUCAUUGUGACCUUUACCUUUGACCUACUGACCUCAAAAUCAAUAGGGGUCAUCUACUGGUCAUGGCAAACCUCCCUAGCAACUUUCAUGAUCCUAGGCCAAAGCGUUCUUGAGUUAUCAUCCGGAAACCGAUUGGUCUACGGACAGACGUACCGACUGUCUGGUCUGGAUCCAUGCUGGUCGCAAACGCACUAUGUUGGUUUUCUCAUGGCGUGGCUCAUAUAUGGAAAUCCAGGAAUUCUUUACAUAGUAGGAGGCAGUUUAUAAAGUUUUAUGUAUACUUUAUUUAAGAUAAAUAUUAUUUAUUUGAUAAAAGAUUGGACAGGCAUUGUAAAUGUCGAGUAUUUUGAUGUUUAAAACAUUGCAUAUGAAGAAAUAAAGUUUUCAGUAAAUCUU